AUGUCGAUGUUCCGCUCAGCGGCGGAAUCGUCUUCAUCGGACUCUGAUUCUGGCGUUGAAGAAAAUCAACUCCAGGUGUCCGAGUCCUCGACUCCUCGUCAUUCCCCGAGAGUUCGGAUCAAAAGUCCCCAAAAGGGCAAGUCAACGAAGCACUCCCCAGAAGAAUCAGAAUCUACAGAAGACGUCGGUUCUUUGCUUUCAUCUGAUGAUCUCUCCUCAUUACCUCCAGAUGCAUUUGAUCACGACAUUGACCGUCAUGCAAAUGUCAUGACUGCUGCCCUAUUAGAAUUUUACUGUCAAAGUCGAGCGGCAGACAUCUUGAAUGCCCAGCGUGGCUCAGGACAAGUCUACAGUCGACAUAGUCCUGAAGCACACCAACUUGGCAAGCAACUGUACAAAUACAAAUCUCAGUUUCUGUCCUCACAUGGUGUCCUGGCGGACGGAAUUGACAAAGAAGAGCUGGGGCCAACUCGGCAGAGCUAUCGUGAUAAUCUUGAUUUGCUCGGUAUCUCUGCUCUGGAUCAGAUGAAACUCAAUGACCCGCGUAUACGGUCUCCUACUAUCGGUGCAGGGGAAAAUCUCUCCUUGAUUACAAAGUCAUCACUAACUAGACCCGGACUUGAGGAUGCAGAGAGUCCUUCCACUUUCUGGAGGGAUACCGGUGCGAACGCAGAUCUUGGAGGGCAAUUUCCUUCUACCAGCAAAGUUGAUUACCUACCUGCCGUUCCAAAUGGAGCACCAAAUCCUCUUCAUUCUUCCAUGCCUCUCUUUGGCAGCUCGCCUGUUGGAGUUCCGCUGUUCAAUUCUCCGAAUGUCCCUCCGUACAACCAUUUAUCCAGAUACUCUAUGGAAUUCAGUGAACUGAAAGUUUUGGGACGCGGAUCCUUCGGCGAAGUGUAUCAUGUCACAAAUCACAUUGAUGGACAAGACUACGCAGUCAAGAAAAUCCCACUCAGUCAAAGACGGCUAGAUCAAUUGCAGUAUGGAGGCCAAAAUCAGUUGGAGGUCAUCAUGAAAGAGAUCAGAACUCUUGCCCGGCUCGAGCAUACAAAUAUUGUCCGAUAUUACGGCGCAUGGGUUGAGCAGGCCCAUCAUUCACACCCACCUUCCGCCGAACCCCAUCCACUGAAUACAGCAUAUGAGCACACGCAAAGCAAUUUACCCUCUCCGGAUACUCCAAAUGAACCUAGUAUGGGGAUUGUAUUUGGUAACUCCGAAAGCUCAACCAGUGACUCUCAUUCAAGUUCGCCACCCGAAGAUCAUAGCUUCUCCGAGAGCAUUCGACGAUGGGAUAGUCACGCCACUGGCUCUUCCCGUCAGUCAAAGAAAAGCUCGCGAAGAGACUUGGAUGAGGACGAUGACGAGAUUGAGUCGAUACCUCGCACAUUUGAUAAUACGUCAAGCUUUGGAGAGACGGAUGAUAUCUUCACCGAUGGGGGUCUCAGUCAAGAUCAGUCUAAGCUCCAAGUUCAACCGCGUUACCGACAUGGCCACCAACCACCAGCGGUCAUUCUUCAUAUUCAAAUGUCGCACCAUCCUAUCUCACUUGGCUCGUAUCUGAAUUCGCAAGCCCCUGUGAGAUAUGAUGGAGGCUCACCGCCUCGCCGCCACUGUUUCCAUCUGCUACCUUCCUUGAAAUUGAUGCUGGACAUCGUUUCGGGCGUUGAGUACCUCCACUCGAAAGACAUUGUCCAUCGCGACUUGAAGCCUGCCAACAUAUUCCUAUGUGCGCCUGAAAAUAGCACUGUAGAUACAUGCAGCUCAUGUAGUUCCGGACAAGCUUCUCCGAUCCAAUUUUGUCGACCUCGAAUUGGUGACUUCGGUCUGGUGGCAGAUAUCUCUCACCUGAACGAAGCCUCCCACGGCACUAUUACACCCUUCCGAGAAGGUCCCAAUCUUCAAAAGGUCGUCGGAACCGAAUUUUAUCGUCCGCCAGCGAAUGCAACAGGGAUAGAAAGUGAUUCAAGCUCGCCGACGGACUACUUUGAGGAAUACAAAAUUGACGAGAAACUCGACGUCUACGCUCUCGGUGUUAUCCUCUUCGAGACCAUAUAUCGCCUGAACACCAAGAUGGAACGACAAUUUGUUCUUAACGAUCUCACUCGUGGAUCAGGUCAAGAUCCAUCCGAGCGCACAAUCUUCCCGGCGGAUUUCCCCGACAAAGUCGAUCAUGGCUUGAUGAUCUUGGGCGAUGGAAUCUCGGUCGCAGAUUCUCUAAUGACUUGUAUGAAAGGCAUGCUGGAUCCCAGGUCUCGACAGCGCUGGACUUGUCAACAGGUGAAGGAACACCUACGGAAACUGAAGAAGGCAAUACGUCGACUGGAGGCGAAUGAAUGA